UUUAGGGUUCACUGAUUUAUGGGUAGCUAAUCUUUAUUAUUUGAUAAGUAAUCGUUUUAACCUUUCAGUUUCACUUCAUUCAAAAUAAUAGACCUAUCGAAAACAGAGAUUUUCAGUGUUCACAACUUAGAUGGAAAACUAGUACAAUUAUGAUGGAAGCAUAGUUGUUGAUAAUUGAUCCAAGAAUCAAUAGUUGUAACAAUGUAUACUUUAUUUAAAUAUCGCGUGAGUAAAGGCUUUUGGAAUUUGUUUGUUUCCUUUGAUGAUCUAAGCUAAUUAAUACACCUAGUGAACUACCCAUUUCUUUAAUUCUUAGUAGCAAUUGAGGAUAUGGAAGGCUUCUGUUAUCAAGACUUGAUUAUCAUCGACCUUUCACCCCCAUCUUUUCUAUCUACCCAUGUCACAUCAGAUUCCAUUAAGUGAUACCAGAGGAGUACUCUGCGGCCUAACCUUAUGUUAUUCUCUCUGCCACAGAUGGGAGGUGACACCGUUUUACUUCAUUCACUUGCUGAAAUAUUUUGAGGACUUAUCAUCAUUAUCAUCAGUCCUAGACUGUUAAAAAUGUCAUUUGUAGUUUCUAUAUCUAGAAUUCAUUUGUCUGUUAAAGAAAAAAAAAAAAAAGGACAGGACAUAAUUAUAAGUCCAAAGAAUACUUUCUGUAGACUCUUUCAAAUUAACAGGUGGGAUGUCCGUGACAGUCUGAUAAACUAAAUGAGAUAGUUUAGCAUGGUUUUCCUGCCAAUAAGUAUAUUGAGAUUGAUUAAGUAGAUUGUUCAUUAUUGAAAACUAUUAGUUUAGUUUAGCUAUGUCUCUGAAUUCAUCAGUUUUUUUAAAACAGAUUCUAGGUUUUCAUGGGGAUGUCAUUAGUAGAAGGAAGUUUCAUGUCCUUUAUCUAAUUAUACCUUUGCAGAAUGGGUUCAUGUGAAUUUGGGGCAAGCGUUAAGGUUUAUGAGUUAUGACCUUUUGCUUUCACUGAAGGAGAGUACAUAAAACCAGCUAGCUUCAUAAGAAAUUCCAUUUUUAGGUGUGACAUGGGUUAAUAAUUCAGUUUUUUUUUACUUCUUGGUCAGUAUGAAGCACAUAGUACUACUGUACAAACUUUGUCCAGAAACAAUUGUCAUGUUUCUGCUGGUAAAAAAAGUGAUUAUACCACCCACAGUAGCACUAUUGGUAAGAAUCUUUAAUUAAGAGGCUGAGGUCUCAUGUUCAAUUAAUUUCGAAGAUAAAACUAGUCUCAGAAAAAGAGUCGAUUAUCUAUAUGUGCGAGUAUUAUUCUCCACGCAGUAACAAAUUAUUUGUCCACUCAACCGCCACGGCUAUAUAAGAGUUGAAGAAGUGGUUGGAGACUUAAUAAGUCUCAGAAAGAGGUUCACUUGUAGUCAAACUGUUUUGGAAUAGAACCAUGGAUAGGAUGAUGAUGGGGAACACGUUUUUAAUAAGAAAAUUCAAUGAAGAGAGUGAUGUUGAUAUGGCAUUGAAGCUCGAGAGAAAUUGUGAGGCGGGAUCGCAAGAUGGGUUCUUCGUGGGUAGUGUUAUAGGCGAUCCCCUAGUUAGAAUUAUGUUCUUUCCUAUUCGCAUCAUGCUGGUGGCCGAGCUACGCAAAAAUGGAGAGAUAGUUGGUAUGAUCCGAGGAUGCAUAAAGCAUGUGGGGACUAGAUUUGGUGGACGACAUGUCAAGUUCGGUUGCAUACUAGGCCUCCGAGUCUCCCCUAGGCACCGGAGGAUGGGAAUUGGUUUGAAACUGGUGGAGGCGAUUGAAGAAUGGAUGGUGGAAAAUGGUGCGGAGUAUACAUUUCUAGCGACAGAAGAGAGCAAUAUCGCCUCGAAUAAUCUCUUCGCUCUGAAAUGCAAUUAUGUGAAGUUUAGUUCUUUGCUGAUUUAUGUUCAAGAAGACUGUUCUUCUCUGAAUAAUAAACCUCAGCCUCAAAACAUCCAAAUAGAGAAGUUAUCCAUAGACGAGGCUAUUUUCUUGCAUAAAAGACACCAAGGAACAAAAGACAUGUACUUAGCAGAUAUCGACAAAGUGUUGAACGAAAAACCGAGCCUAGGAACAUGGGUUUCAUAUUUGAAGGACGACGGUUGGGAUAUUGGAUUGAGCAAGAGAGAUAUCAGAGAUAGUCACGAUGUUCGUUCUUGGGCUACUCUUAGCAUAUGGAACAAAUGCGAAACCGAUCAGAAGAAGCUGAUAAUUCAGAAUGCAGAGAGGUCUCGUCGUUCUUCAAUAUCUCAUUUAGUCGAGAAACAACACCAACAACAAGAACCGUCUAGCUUUCUAUUCUUGCACGGUUUGUUUGGAGAAGGAGAUAGAGUUGGGGAACUUGUGGAGUCGUUGUGGUGGUUCGCGAUGAGGGUGGCUGCAAACAUGAACUGCAAGGCAAUGGUGACUGAAUUGGGAUUUUCUGAUCCUAUGAGCGAGUUUGUUCCGAGAGGCAUAUCCUCUUUAUCGUACACGAACGAUGUAUGGUACGCCAAGCGCGUUUCUGAUCAGGAAGAUGACUUGACCAUGAAGGGUAUGUUUGGUAAUGUCGCGGUUGACCCUAGAGAUUUCUAAUGUUCUAUUUGUAUGGUGAUGAUGAUGAAGUGGCCAUGGGGGGUAAUAUGUCCUAAAGAAGAUGGGAAGAGUCCAAGGAAUUCCUCACAUUCAUUGUGAUCUAUCAAUAUCUUUCAUUGUGUGCUUGUAUUAUAUAUGAAGUUAUUCAGUUUGAGUGUAACCUUGUUUUAAUAUUAGUGUAAUUAUUGUAUGAUGAUAUAUAUAUAUGGUGUAUAAUAUUAAUAAAUUUGUAAUAUAUGUGAGUCUUAUUUAAAUUGUA